GCGGCCGUGCGUGUGGCGCGGAGGGAUCCGCGCGGCCCGCUGUGUGCCCGCCUCCUGCGCGGCGGCCGCUGCCUCCCCGAUAUAGUGCGGCGGCGGGAGGCGCGCGCGGUCACUGGGCGAGCGGCGCUGCGCGGUGCGGGGCUGCGCGGUGAGGCGCGGCGCGGACGGCUGCGGGGUUUUGCCUGGGCUGCUCCAGCACCUCCGGCUUGGAACUGUCCGCCGGUGCCAGCUCCUGAACAUGAGCCUCCUGCCUCUCUACCUGCUCGGAUUGCUCCUCAGUAGCGGGCAAGCUCUACUUCAAGUUACAAUUUCACUUAGCAAAGUUGAGCUCAGUGUGGGUGAAUCCAAAUUCUUCACAUGCACAGCCAUUGGUGAGCCUGACAGCAUAGAUUGGUACAAUCCCCAAGGAGAGAAGAUUGUUUCUAGUCAAAGAGUGGUUGUUCAGAAAGAAGGAGUUCGAUCACGUCUAACCAUUUAUAAUGCAAAUAUAGAAGAUGCUGGUAUAUAUCGGUGUCAAGCAACAGAUGCUAAAGGACAAACUCAAGAAGCUACUGUUGUUUUGGAAAUUUAUCAAAAGCUCACUUUCCGAGACAUAGUAUCUCCACAAGAGUUCAGGCAGGGAGAAGACGCAGAGGUUGUUUGCCGUGUUACUAGUUCACCUGCUCCCAUUGUCAGCUGGUUGUAUCGGAAUGAGGAAGUCACAACUAUUGCUGACAAUCGAUUUGCAGUAUUAGCAAACAAUAAUCUCCAAAUUCUUAAUAUCAAUAAAAGUGAUGAAGGAGUAUACAGAUGUGAAGGAAGAGUGGAAGCUAGAGGAGAAAUUGACUUUCGGGACAUAAUUGUUAUUGUGAAUGUUCCCCCUGCAAUUACUCUGCUACAGAAAUCCUUUAAUGCCACUGCAGAUCGAGGAGAGGCAAUAACUUUUUUCUGCAGAGCCAUUGGAUCACCUCCACCUGAAAUCAGUUGGUAUAGGAAUGGCAAACUUAUUGAAGAAAAUGAAAAAUAUGUGCUGAGAGGAAGCAAUACAGAACUAACAAUAAGAGAUAUAAAAAAUAUUGAUGCAGGUCCUUAUAUCUGUAAUGCUAAAAACAAAGCAGGAAAUGAUAAAAAACAGACAUUCCUUCAAGUUUUUGUACAGCCUCAAAUAAUACAACUUAAAAAUGAAACCACAUUUGAGAAUGGGAAAGCCACCCUCAUCUGUGAAGCAGAAGGAGAACCUGUUCCAGAGAUUACUUGGAAAAGGGCCAUUGAUGGAAUAACUUUCUCUGAAGGUGACAAGAGCCCAGAUGGCCGUAUAGAAGUCAAAGGGCAGCAUGGAAAAUCGUCACUGCAUAUUAAAGAUGUGAAGUUGUCAGAUUCAGGGAGAUAUGACUGUGAAGCUGCAAGUAGAAUUGGUGGGCACCAAAAGAGCAUGUACCUUGAUAUUGAAUAUGCCCCAACAUUUGUGUCAAAUCAGACUAUAUAUUACUCUUGGGAAGGCAAUCCCAUCAAUAUAAGCUGUGAAGUACUAGCAAAUCCGUCUGCCUCAGUUCAGUGGAGAAGAGGAAAAUUAGUUUUACCUGUAAGAAAUACAACACAUCUGAAGACCUACAGUACAGGAAGAAAGCUGAUUCUAGAGAUUGCUCCCACAUCUGACAGUGAUUUUGGAAGGUAUAAUUGCACAGCCACAAACAGAAUAGGAACAAGAUAUCAGGAGUAUACACUUGGUCAAGCUGAUGUGCCAUCAAGUCCUUAUGGAGUACGAGUUUUAGAGUUGUCACAAACCACUGCCAAAGUUUCAUUCAAUAAGCCAGAUUCACAUGGAGGUGUGCCCAUUCAUCAUUACCAAGUGGAUGUAAAAGAGGUAGCCUCAGAAACCUGGAAAAUAGUUCGCUCCCAUGGAGUUCAAACAAUGGUUGUUCUCAGCAAUUUGGAACCAAAUACGACCUAUGAAAUCAAAGUAGCUGCCGUAAAUGGAAAAGGGCAAGGAGAGUAUAGCAAAAUUGAGAUCUUUCAGACUUUACCUGUCCGGGAGCCAAGCCCCCCUUCAAUUCAUGGGCAACCAGGAAGUGGCAAGAGUUUUAAACUUAGCAUAACUAAACAAGAUGAUGGGGGUGCGCCCAUUUUGGAAUAUAUUGUCAAAUACAGAAGUAAAGAUAAGGAAGACCAGUGGCUAGAGAAAAAAGUGCAAGGUAGUAGAGACCACAUCAUCUUAGAGCAUCUUCAGUGGACCAUGGGUUACGAAGUACAAAUCACAGCUGCCAACAGACUGGGUUACUCUGAACCAACAUUGUAUGAAUUCAGCAUGCCACCAAAGCCCAACAUUAUUACAGACACAAUUUUUAACGGUCUUGGACUUGGUGCUGUCAUUGGCCUGGGAGUGGCAGCCCUUUUGUUAAUCCUGGUUGUGACUGAUGUUAGCUGCUUCUUUGUACGACAAUGUGGAUUGCUAAUGUGCAUCACCAGGAGGAUCUGCGGGAAAAAGAGUGGUUCAAGUGGAAAAAGUAAAGAACUGGAAGAAGGAAAGGCAGCUUACUUGAAAGAUGGAUCAAAAGAGCCAAUAGUGGAAAUGCGAACAGAGGAUGAAAGAAUUACCAAUCAUGAAGAUGGGAGCCCAGUAAAUGAGCCAAAUGAGACAACUCCGCUCACAGAACCGGAGAAGCUGCCACUAAAGGAGGAAAAUGGGAAAGAAGCUUUAAAUCCAGAAACCAUAGAAAUCAAAGUUGCUAAUGACAUCAUCCAGUCAAAAGAAGAUGAUAGCAAAGCAUAAUAAGAUAAACUACAGCUGUCUGGAUAAUGCAUUUGGAUUGAAGUAACCCUGUGACCAAAACUUUACAGCUGACCUUAAUUUCUUGGGAAACUUAAGCUUGGAAUAGUUAGUACAUGUGUACAUAUGAUGAAACAGUUUAUGUCUACAGUUCCUUUCUAUUUUUUUGUUAAUGGUUUUAGUAUGUAGUUUUGCUGACAUCAAGUCCCAUGGUAUAAAUUUGAAAAAUCUGCAGAAUAAGAACUGUAAUUUAUUAUAUGACGAAGUAUGUCUCUUUAGAAGAAUACUUUACAAAGCACCCCUAACCACAAACAACACAACAGGUCUCUCCAGAUCCUACAGUGCAAGCUACAUACAUGAAGUGCCAUACGCUACUGUAUUUGUUUCCAUUUAUAAUAAAGCAAAAGUUUAGGUUGCCUUUAAAACAAAAAGGAAACCAGUCUUAGCGUAACAUUGAAGACCUUAGCACUAGCAGACACUCAGUAGUCAUUCCAGCUGUGCUUACCACCUGAAACAAACACAAAAACACUCUUCAGCAUUGAGCCAGCUCCACCUGCAGUUCCACCUGGGUUCUUCAGUAUAAUAAAAAGUUGGUAAACACGACGUCCAGAUUGAAAUAAAAUUAGCUAAAUAUUUUAUAGCAGUAUAUUGGCCUCAUCCUAACUACAUGACUGUGACUCUGAAAGGCCCCAGGAUUUUCAGUGCUUCUGGUUUUCGGUAUUAAUGUUUGGGAGGUUGCAUGUAAACUAAAAUGCAGAAAGGUGUGAAAAGAAAACUUUUUUGAUUAUAAUCUUGGCUUUAAUUGAAUUACAAUAACCACAAACUCAAAAUAUUUAUCCCGACAUUUAUAUACAUAUACAGUAUUUGUUCUUCUUUUAGUUCUAACCUUUUAGUUAAGGGAUAAAACUGCAUUUUAGUGUAGUAGAUAUAUUUUCUCCCCAAAUCAGUACAUUAAAUUUUAAAAGUUGGCCUUAUUAAAGUAGCACUUGUUCCUUUAUGAUUUCAUACUCUUUGUCUUAACAAAAAAAAACCCAUAAGAACAGAUGGAAAGGAGGACUUUGGCUAAACAGUUAGAAACAGUUUUAAAUUAUUAAUUAAUAGCAUCUUUUAUUAGCUUAAAUACAUUUUUCCUGUUGACCAUUCCUUAAGAUAAAACUUUUUACUUUUUAUUAUUCUGGCUAACAUGCAGCUUUCUGAAAUUUGACUGAUCUAUUUGAUAAAAAAUUAAUUCUUAUUUAUUAUCAUUGAUUUAAUGGUGCCACUAAUUGGAGCAAUAUAUUUUGUUUCCAUUCCAGCAUAGCGUAUCCACUUGUCAGCAGUAAAUUGUAGAGUACCUUGUGGAUUUUCUACACCUAAGUCAUACCUGAGGUUUAAGUGUAGCUUCACUCUGCAAAUUACAUUCUCUCCAUCCUAUAUUUGAAUUUUGCUCAUAUUUGAAGUCCUUACACCUCCUGAUUUCCCACAGAAUGUCAUCAACCCUUAGCUGGUAUUUUGUAGUCAUGGCAAAGUGGUGCAGUAAAGCUGAAAGUGAAAGAUAAAAGAGUGUCCUUAAAUUUGGGGAAAACGGCAGGUUAACCUUCGUGUUGACCCAAGCUUUAGUGCAUUUGAAAGAGCUAGGAUGAUAUGUUUAGUUCAUAGAUCUUUCAUAUUACAGAAUCACAGAAUCUUCAUGGUUGGAAAGGACCUUUAAGAUCAUCUAGUCCAACCAAACAACCUACAGUCUCUGCCACUAGAGCAUGCCCUGAAGUGCCACAUCUAGACGUUUCUUAAAUACCUCUAGGGAUGGUGACUCAACCACCUCCCCGGGCAGGCUGUUCCAGUGCCUGACCACUCUUUCAGUAAAGUAAUUCUUCCUAAAUCUAAUCUAAACCUCCCCUGCCACAACUUCAGACCAUUUCCUCUGGUCCUGUCAUUAUUUACAUGGGAGAAGAGGCCAACACCCACCUCUCUCCAGCCUCCUUUCAGGUAGUUGUAGAGGGCAAUGAGGUCUCCCCUCAGCCUCCUCUUCUCCAAGCAGAACAUGCCCAGCUCCCUCAG